UGAUAAGAGUAAAUUUGCAGAGAAAGUCAGAUAGAGAAAAGUGAACUAGGGUUUUCGAUUUUCGCGGGGAUGAGGCCCGACGAUUACAAGUUCAUGCGAAUUGUGGACGCAGUGACUUGCGUUAAUCAGAAAGUCAAUCUCAUCGGCGUUGUCGUCGAGACUAGCCUCCCCAAGAAAUCUAAAGGAACAGCGAGGAUCAUUGAUGAAUCAUGGACGGCACCUGGUAUUUUCAUAAACUUUUUCGCUGAAACUAUGGAGAAGCUCCCCAAUUUAGAGUGUGUCGGUGACAUAGUUAUAGUUUCUCAUGUUGUGGUAAUCAAUCUUCUUUCUCUUCACAUAGUUCUGGUGAAAAUGAGGGGUUCUGAUGUUUAUGCUUUGUUUAACAAGAAAUUCUCAUCUUUCGCCUUAUUUGAAGGGAGACAGCAUAGUGGCAAAGAACUUGUGCCCUAUCAAAUUUCUUCGAAAUAUAAACCAAGAGAAGAGGACAAGAAGUUCGUAACAGCAUUAAGGAGAUGGACUGUCCAACACAAAAUUGAAGGCAUAAAUGAGUACCUGUCACUGAGAGAAAUCAAAGAAGAUGAACGUGUCAAUCUUCUUUGCAAGAUUUUGCAUGUUUGUCAAGUCAAGGAAGAUGAGUGGGUGAUCUUUGUUUGGGAUGGAACAGACACACCGCCUGCUUCUGUUGACAGCAAACUCGAAGAUGAGAUAGAAAAUCCGAUUCCUCUACAGUUGGAAAUGCCUCCUUUGUCAAGAGACACUUUAUGUACCUUUCCAUCAGUUGGAACAGUCUUGAGGAUGUUUGUAGAUCAAGGCAAUGAGAAAUUAGGCAUAACCUUACUUAAAACAAAUAGGUGGGUGAAACUUAUUGGUGUGAAAUGUGAAGUUCGUGCUGCUUCACGGUGUGCUAUGUUGAUGCCCUUCUCCAAGCUUUGCUAUUUGCCUGAUGAUGACAGUGUCGUAAUUGAGCGCCUAAGGUCUUACAGUGAGCGUAUUUCAUCUAAGUGGGGCCGAAUACCCUUCACAAGUUUCCCCUGGCCGUCUCACAUAACAGAGACGGAUCACCCUGAUAUUGCCUUUGUAACUUUAAUGGAUGUCCUCACACAUCCAGAGGUGACUUAUAAAUUUAGGUGUGUUGUUCGGGUUGUUGCAAUAUUCCCAUGGAGGGCAGAGGACUUUACCUCUCAUAAUGGUGUGUACAGAGUGAGGUUGACUCUGGAGGAUCCCACUGCAAGAAUUCAUGCAUUUCUUUAUGCAGAGGAUGGGAGGAAAUUUUUCGGGGAUGUUGAUUCUGGCGAUAAGAUAACACGGAAGAGAAAUAUGUUGCUUGGAAAUGCUGACGAUGGCGAUGCCACGGCAAUGAAAAAUGUUUCGCGAAAUCCACCAUGGAUACAAUGUUGCUUGAAAUCUUAUUAUCUGGACAAAAGCAAUAUUUGGGGGAGUAGGAAUUACCGGAUAUUUGGCACUACUAUUGUCGGAUGAUUGUAUAUGGUUUACUGAUGGGUAGAUUGACUUUGACAAGUUAUCCUUUAUGUGCCUUCAAAUUAGGUAGAAAGCUUCAUAAUCUGUAGAUCAUAGGAUUUUUUAGUUGUAACAAACUACGACUUGUUGACUCUGUGUAUUAAUUUUGAUCGGUUAGUCAACUACGACAUGUUGAUUUUGUGUAUUAACUUUGAUCGGUUAGUCAGACCACCGACCAUUUUUUCUGAACAAAAAAAUUCCUUAAAACUACAGUGCAUAAAGUAAUAC